CGGUAGAAGUGUAAAGAUUAUCGGAGUGUAGUAACCUAUGCACCAGAUCUACCCAGCAAAGCAGCCAGAGUGAAAUUGCACCAUGGAAAAAGCAACUCCUGCAACAAGUGCAGUGUAAGCAGUGUGAGGCUUUGCUGUUGAGAAGAUGGUCAUAUUGCUUGUGAUUGCCCUUGUGGCCAUUCUCAUUGCUCUUUACUGGGCGACAAACAAACCCAAAUAUAUCAAGCCACCGUGUGACCUUUCCAAGCAAUCAGUCCUGAUUAAGGGUAAUGAUCGUGCGAGAAGAUGUGCAUUGUUAAAAGGCGAUGAUACUAUCUCUUACUAUUACAGUGAUGUCCGAACUCUCUAUGAAGCCUUUCAACGGGGUUUACAUGCAUCAGAUAAUGGACCUUGUCUGGGUUACAGAAAACAAAACCAACCUUAUCAGUGGCUUUCCUACAAACAGGUGACUGAUAGAGCUAAGUACCUUGGAUCAGGUCUCUUACACCGUGGGUGCAAGCCAACACCAGACCAGUACAUUGGUGUCUUUUCCCAGAAUAGACCUGAGUGGAUCAUUUCGGAGCAGGCUUGCUACACGUACUCUAUGUCAGUGGUACCAUUGUAUGACACUCUGGGACUUGAAGCAAUUGUAUACAUCAUUAAUAAAGCCGAGAUUUCCACCGCAAUAUGUGACAAACCGAGUAAAGCUAAUUUACUGUUGGAUAAUUGUGAAAAAGGCCUCACACCUCCCCUACAUACAAUUAUUCUGAUGGAUCCAUUUGACGAUGCAUUGAAAGAACGUGGGAUAAAAUGUAAAGUUGACGUUCUGUCUCUGAAAGAAGUUGAGGAUCUUGGCAGAGACAACCAAAAACCACCAAUUCCUCCAAAACCUGAAGAUGUAUGUGUUGUAUGUUUCACGAGUGGCACCACAGGGGACCCGAAGGGAGCUAUAUUGACUCACGCAAAUGUUGUGGCAAAUGCAGCAGCUUUCCUCAGAACAGUGGAGAAUGCGUUUCAGCCCAGGACUGAUGAUAUUACCAUCUCCUAUCUUCCGCUGGCACACAUGUUUGAAAGAGUGGUGCAGGCAGCAGUGUAUUCCUGUGGAGCCAGAGUGGGGUUUUUCCAGGGGAAUAUUCAAUUGCUGAUGGAUGACAUGAAAAAUCUCCAACCCACAAUCUUCCCAGUUGUGCCUCGACUACUCAACCGGAUCUAUGAUAAGGUCCAAAAUGGAGCUAAAUCACCUCUCAAGAAAGGGUUGUUGGAUUUUGCAAUUGCCAGGAAGAAAGCUGAAGUACUUGACGGAAUUGUUAGAAACGACAGUAUUUGGGAUAAACUAGUCUUCAAUAAAGUUCAGGCUUCAAUGGGCGGUCGUGUCCGUCUGUUGAUAACUGCAGCUGCUCCUAUCUCCCCAUCUGUAUUAACGUUCCUCCGUGCAGUACUGGGUUGUCAGAUUUUUGAGGCCUACGGACAAACUGAAUGCACUGGUGGGUGUACAAUCUCAUUGCCUGGAGACACAACUGCAGACCACGUUGGGGCGCCAAUUCCUUGCAACAUAGUGAAGUUGGUCGACGUUGCAGAAAUGAAUUAUUUUGCUUCUAAUGAAGAAGGAGAGAUCUGCAUCAAAGGAACAAACGUUUUCAAAGGCUACUUGAAAGACCCGGAAAGAACAGCUGAAGCCCUGGAUGCUGAUGGAUGGCUGCACACGGGGGACAUUGGAAGAUGGCUGCCGAAUGGGACACUGAAAAUAAUUGACAGGAAAAAGAAUAUAUUUAAAUUGGCACAAGGAGAAUAUAUUGCACCAGAAAAGGUUGAGAAUGUGUAUGUCCAAAGUAGCCCCGUAGCACAAGUCUUUGUGCACGGAGACAGUUUGAAGUCUCAUUUAGUGGGAAUUGUGGUGCCAGAUCCUGAAGUGCUUCCAGAUUUUGCUGCCAAGAUAGGAAUCAAAGGCUCCUAUGAUGAACUAUGCAAGAACCAAAAAAUUAAUAAGGCCAUCCUGGAAGACAUGGUUAACAUGGGAAAACAAGCAGGACUAAAGUCAUUUGAACAGGUGAAAGUCUUGCACCUCCACCCAGAAAUGUUUACUAUUGAAAAUGGACUCUUGACACCAACGCUGAAGGCCAAAAGAGCAGAACUGUCUAAGUAUUUCAGAAGCCAGAUUGAUAGUCUCUACACUGAUGCAUAGGGCAUUAAUGUCAUAUUUGUAUUACUUUACAAAUAUUGGAGCCUGUGUGAUUGACCUUGAUCUACGGACUGGUACAUAUUGUGUGUGGCACUGAUAUCAAAGUCCACAUGCAUUAAUUGUUUGAUAUCAUUGACGUUUAUAACACCUUCAAUGAAGAACUUUGUUUGCAAAUAAUCCAAGUCUUAUUGUAACACAGAUACCAACCUCACCAGAACCUAGUUACAAUAAUAUACUCUCUGUACUCCUCCACCCAAAAAUAAAUCAAUUCAGCAGUCA